AUGGAGAUUGCUUGCGCUUUGCCUUCGCACUUGUUUCCGACUAAAGGCGUUGGUUGCAGAUCAACCAAUUUCUCAGAUUUCUCCUUGCUACCACAAAGUUUGAGUCGAACCGGAAGAUAUCACAAGGAAAGGCGCGAGGUUACGGCGGCUCCGAAGAAACGCAAACAUUCCGGUGAAGAGAAUCCACCGGAGAAGAAACAAAAGAAAACCACCGAAGCUUCGAAGCCUAAGCCCAAGAUUGAUGAGAGUCGAAAUCAGGGUUUCAGAGAUUUGAUAGCAAAGGCACGAGAGAAAGUAGAAGAAAAGAGACAGAUCGAUCAUAGGAACACGGAGAUCGCAAGACAGAGGUUAGCUUCUCGGUUAGCACUAAACCAGGUGGUAGCAACCGUUGCUUUCGACGAUCAUCUUAAAUACCACACGGAGUUACAAGAGCUUGGCUGCGAUUUCAUUCGAGAUCGAGUCAGUUGCUUGAACAUGUUCAGUUUGUUGUCAAGAAGCGAUUACUCUGUCUUGGAGAAGAAGUAA